AUGAUUCAACUGGCGCUUGGUAUUGUCACCUUGUUGGCGACUGUCCAUGCUGCACCAAGCACCAAGUCUCCAACUGCUACGGUCCGCAACGGAACCUAUUCCGGGGUCCACAGUAGCACAUACGACCAGGAUUACUUUCUAGGGAUACCAUAUGCUCAGCAGCCCGUAGGAGACCUACGCUUUACCGUGCCGCAGUCAUUAAAUGAAAGUUGGGAUGGAGUUCACGAUGCGAAAGAUUAUUCUGAUAUUUGUGUCGGAUACGGGACGGACUCUAUCUGGUAUCCCCAGUCGGAAGCUUGUCUAACACUUAAUGUCAUUCGUGAUUCUUCUACGAAGAAAAAUUCCAAGCUACCUGUUGGGGUUUGGAUACAUGGUGGUGGAUUCUACAUGGGAUCAGGAGCGGAUCAACGUUACAACAUGUCUACAAUUGUAGAAAACUCGUACAAAAUUGGCAAACCAUUCAUUGCUGUUACAAUCAACUAUAGACUUUCCGCCUGGGGGUUUAUCAGUUCAAGCCAAGUUUCCGGUACAGGUAAUACCAACCUCGGUCUGCGGGAUCAGAGACUUGCACUUCAUUGGAUUCGAGAGAACAUUGCUGCGUUUGGUGGAGAUCCCGACAAAGUCACCAUUUGGGGCGAGUCCGCUGGCGGUAUGUCGGUGGGCUAUCAUCUCACAGCAUAUGGAGGCCGAGAUGACAAACUAUUCAGAGCCGGUAUCAUGGAAUCCGGAGGUUCAAUUGAAGCCAGCCCAUCAAACUAUACGACAUAUCAGUCAAACUAUGAUGCAAUCGUUUCACAGGUCGAUUGUGCAGACACAGAAGACACACUUCAAUGCUUGCGCGAGGUACCAUUUGAGACCCUCAAUUCCGUUCUCAACGGAACAGGUGGCUCAUCUGAGUAUAAUUUCUCGCCAGUGGUUGACGGGGACUUGGUCCGAGAUUGGGGAAGCGUUCAACUCAACAAGCAGGAAUUUGUCAAAGUUCCUAUCAUUUCUGGGACUAACACAGACGAAGGCACCGCUUUCGGACCGACCGGGGUAAACACCACUGAGCAGUUCUAUGAGUAUCUUACAAAUGGCUCGCUCAACUUCCGAACACCUCCAAUUGUCGCAAAGAAGAUUCUCGAGCUAUACCCGGACAUCCCUUCGCAAGGUAUUCCCGAGUUUUUGGGUAACGAGCGAGUUCCUUCAAAUGGUAUCGAAUGGAGACGUACAAGUGCUUUCUCGGGUGACUUUGUGAUGCAUGCAAACCGACGACGGCAAUGUGAAGCGUGGACAGAAGCCUCCACACCCGCAUACUGCUAUCGAUUCAACGUACGCUCGGCUGACGUACCGAUUCUCAGUGGAGCGACCCAUUUUGAAGAAGUUUCGUUUGUCUUUCACAAUAUUGCUGGCCUGGGUUAUCAUUAUGGAAAGCCAUUUGCGGGGUCAAUCAGAGUGUUCAUUGGGGGGGUCUAUGAUAACGAAAAGCCGUUGGAUCUGUUUUUGGAUGCCAACACGACUAGUCAUAUGGAACCUGAUACCUGGCGCAAGGAAGGAAUUGAUUAUAUCAACUCGGUCGCCCGGGCGUUCUGGCGAUAG